AAUGUCAGUUCCGUCGCACCAUCCGGCUCGUAGAUCUCUGUUAUCAAACGACAGAUACGUCAUUCGAAAAGUGUUUCCGAUAACCUGCGCGAUCUUAAAGCUGAGAUCUUGCUCAUGUUCGACUCAUGUUCGAUUAGUAUUCCGUUUGAUCGCGUCGAAAAUGACAACCAAGUCCAAGAACUUGAUUAAUUCGUUAGACGAUGCCGUGUCGGAGACUUUGUCGGGAUUAUCUCACGCGUAUCCGCAAUUAGAGUAUCACGCAUCGCACGGGGUCGUAUUGUCGCCGGACUGCAGAGAUCGUAAAGAUAAAGUGGCGUUGAUUUGCGGUGGCGGCAGCGGACACGAGCCAUUUGCCGCAGGCUUUGUCGGAAGCGGUAUGUUGACAGCAUCCGUAGCAGGAUCUAUUUUUGCGGCACCACCGUCUAUACAUAUCACACACGCUCUUCAGUGUAUUGCGGAAAAUAACAAAGCUGGCAUUCUGGUAGUGGUGCCUAAUUAUACGGGCGACUGUCUGAAUUUCGGCAUAGCAAUCAAGAAGGCCCAACAAGCGGGCAUCAAGGUGGAGGAAAUAAUCGUCGGCGAUGACUGCAGCAUUCCCGCAAACGAGCAGAGCGUGGCUGGUAAACGCGGGCUGGUGGGCAUGUUAUUCAUUAUCAAAAUUGCGGGCGCUUUCGCCGAAAGGGGGCUUUCUCUACCUGAGGUAGCGGAAAUUGCACGGAGCGUUUCGCAAAACACAGCGACCUACGGAGUCGGGCUAUCCGCUUGCGCUUUACCAGGUCAAGGUCUCAUGUUCGAGCUUGCACAGGACGAGAUAGAGUGCGGAAUGGGUGUACACGGGGAGGCGGGAUACGAAAGAAUCAAGCUCGGGACCGUAUCCGUGCUGGUGACGCUAAUGCUGAAACGCAUUUGCGAGGCCUUAUCUUUGGCCGCUAAUGACUCGGUCGCGGUAAUAGUUAACAAUUUCGGUGCUUUGAGUCAAUUGGAGCAAGGGAUCAUCGUUCAUGAGAUUGUAAUUCAGCUUCGAAAUAUGAAUAUAGAGCCUGUUCGCGUUUAUUCUGGCGUUUUAAUGACAUCUUUGAAUAGCGCCGGUAUACAUGUGAGUUUGCUCAAGUUAACUGAAAGCCACGGAGCUGUAUUCAUCAAAUGUCUUGAUGAAAAAACGAUGGCACCUUGCUGGCCGGGUUGCAGCUAUAGCAUACCUUCGACUGUCACUUGCACCUCGUUUAAAGACGUGGAGAAGAAGAAAACAGAGAAAAUAGGAAUAUCUUUAAACGUAUGCGAGCAACGUUUGAUCAAAUUGUGUUUGGAAAACGCGUGUGCGGCUGUAAUCGAGCAAGAGAUGUAUCUGAAUGAGCUGGACCGCGGUUGCGGAGAUGGAGAUUGCGGUUCGACUCUGAAAAGAUUUGCCGAAGGUAUAUUGGAUAAUUUAGACAACUUAUCUUUGUCGCAUCCAGCAGCAUUGUUAUCGGAAAUAGCGAAUAUAGCGGAGGAACAUAUGGGCGGAACAUCUGGAGCUUUGUAUUGUUUAUUCUUUACGACUGGUGCAAAGGAGUUGGCUUUAUCGAAGCAAGGCGAGAAUUUGCGAGACGUUUGGUUCUGCGCAUUCCGCAGCGGAUUAAAUUGUCUAGAAAAAUAUGGAAAAGCAAAAGCUGGAGAUAGGACUAUGAUCGAUACGAUGGAUGCAGUGUAUGCGAUGUACGAGAGAAUGUUGAAAGAACAUCCGAACGAUUUUUACGAUAGAUUAGCUGCAGCGGCAUGGAAAGGAUGCGAUUCUACGAAAGAUAUGAAACCCAAAGCAGGACGAGCUAGUUACGUAAAACAAGCUCGGUACUUGACGGAAGUGGAUGCUGGUGCAUAUGCCGCAGCAAUGUGGAUUGCGGUUAUUGUGCGGACCAUUACACAAUUUAAGGAAUAAUAUAUACUCUUGUUAUCUCUUUUUUUUUAUUUAACAGUUGUAUUUCAGCAUCAUUACUAUAAACAGGAGAGAUAACAACUAAUAAUAAACAACGAUUUUAUCCUAAUUUUAUCUAAAUUGGAGAAUUAAUUAGUAAUUAUAUUGCUUUUCCUAUACUGUUCAGGGAUAUCGAUACCAAGCCAACUAUAUUUUUUAUAUUAGAUACUGUUGAUUGUAUAAAGUAAAAAUAUACAUGUUUCUGUCUAUAAAUACAAUAGAAAGAACGCUUUUUUUUCACUACAUGUUUGAGUGUUCAUAACUGAAGUUCAUAAGAUGUAGAGUUUAUUUCAGACUUAAACGUGUGAUAAUUUGCGCUAUAUUUGGCAGUAUUUUGCCGAUUAAUCGGAUUAUGAAUCUGUUCGCAUUUUGCCCCAGCUUCCUCGAAGUCACAAAUAGAUUAAAUUUUAUCUUAUUUUAU